AGAUUUGAAUCAGGAAGUCUCCUCAUUCCUUCUCAUUUCUCUCUCUCUCUCCCCCUCGGCUCUUUUCUCUGUCUAUCUCUGUGUUAUAUUUGUGGCCAGCUACUUCUCUUUCAAAACCCUUCUCUCUGUUCUUUGCUUUUGCACUUCAUUUUCAGUUCAAAAGUUGAAACCUCUUCAACUCUCUUUCAAGGUGCUGAAAUUCAUAUUCAACACCUGAACCAGAAAGAAAAAAAAAAAAAAAAGAACUUGCAUUAUAUUAAUUUCUUUCUUUUUCUCUGUCAAAGGCCAUUACGUAGCAGCACAAGAUUUUCUUUUUCUUUUUUGCAAAUAACUAGUUGUAAUGAUGGCUCAAAAGCCUUUACAUGAGCUGUUACAAGAGGAUCAAGAACCUUUCUUGCUCAAGAACUACAUUGCUGAUAGGCGUUGUCAACUCAAGAAACCAAAAACAAGGACCCAUUUGUUAGAAAUCAAGAAACGGAAACCCAUUUCUCAAAACUCUAGCUUUCCUCAGAAAUUUUGCAAAAAUGCUUGCUUUUUCUCUAUUAAUAACUCGCCAGACCUUAGAAGAUCACCUCUCUUUGAAUUCCAAUCUCCUGCUAAAAGCCCUUGUAAGAGCCCAAAUGCUAUCUUUCUCCAUAUCCCUGCUAAAACUGCAUCUCUUCUUCUCGAAGCUGCUCUUAGGAUCCAGAAACAAUCAACGUCUUCUCAAAAAUCCAAAAACAAUAACGGGUUCGGUUUAUUUGGGUCCUUGAUAAAGAGACUAACCCAUCGCAGUAAUAAAACCAGAAAGCAAGAACUCUGUUUUGAUGGAGCUAGGACUUCUGUUAAGGAUAUUCUCAAGUGGGAUUCAAGAAAACAAUAUAGAGAAAGAGAAAGCAGGCAAGAACAAAACAUGGGAUUUUUCACUUGCAAUGGUAGGUCAAGUAGUAGUGCUCUUUGGUCUGAAAGUAAUAAUGAAGAAAAGUCUUGGGAUUUGGACUUGGAGACUUCAAUCAGUAGCCAAUUUUCUGAAGAGGCAGAGAUGGAGUUUGUUAAUAAGCUAAUUGAUGCCAGUGAUUUUUCUUGUUAUGAUAAUGAUGAUCACUUUUGCGGAAGCCCUUUCCAUUUUGUACUUAAAAGAAGCCCUUCCUCCUCCGGUCACCGAACUCCUGUUUUCUUAUCUCCGGCUGCCUCACCUUGUCGCCAUAAAGCAGAGGUAAAAGAGAACAAUGAUGUAGAAAGCUUAAAGAAAUUUCAAGAAAAUGAAGAAGAAGAAGAGGAAGAAGAUAAAGAACAGUGCAGUCCUGUUUCUGUAUUGGACCCCCCCUUUGAAGAUGAUGACGAUGGACAUGAUGAUCACAGCGAAGACGAUGGCUUUGAUCUUGAAUGCAGCUAUGCAAUUGUACAGAGAGCAAAACAACAGCUAUUGCAAAAGCUUCGUAGAUUCGAGAGAUUGGCAGAGUUGGACCCUGUUGAACUUGAGAAGAGAAUGCUGGAGCAAGAACAAGAAUUUGAUGAUGAGGAAGAAGCAGAAGAUGAUGAUGAUGAGAUUGUUUUAUCAGACAGAGAGCAGAACAUUGAUAAUAUUAUCAUUGAAGAGCUGCUUGAUAAACCAACCUUCUGUCGUCUGCGAAAAAUCCCAAAGGACAUGAAGAGAUUGGUCCGCGACCUGAUUGACGAGGAAGAGCGAGAGCAGAGCUACUACUUCACUGACAGAGAAACAACAGUGAAAAGGGUAUGCAAGAGGUUUGAGUCAUGGAAAGAUGUAGAAUCCAACACCAUUGAUAUGAUGGUAGAGCAAGAUUUCAAGAAAGAAUUAGAUGCCUGGAAAAGGCAUGAAGAACAGGUUGGAGAAGCAGCAUUAGAGAUUGAACUUGGUAUCUUUGGAUCCUUGGUGGAGGAAUUGUCACAAGAACUAGUAGGCUCAUCAACUGGGAUCUAAAAAAGAUCAAUCUCUGAUGUUUUUAUUUGAAAUAAAUUUUGGGGUUUUUAACUUUCUUUAAUUUAUUAAUUAGAGGAAUAUAGUCUAACAUCCAUCAUGAAGGGAUAGGCUGAUUAGAAAGAUGAUAUUAAUUAGAUGUUAUGUAUAUUUUUAUGUUGGUCGGGGAGGAAGCUGUUUGAAUCCUGUAAUCCUUGCUUUGAUGAGACAAAACAUGUACAAUUCCUUGCCCUUAAUAUUAUAUAUAUAUAUAAAUAUGUAUAUUUUUACCUUUUUACCUAUAAA